GUUCCUUCACAGAUUAAUAUUUCUACAGAGUACUUCCUUUACGAUUACAUAAAAUGUCUGGUAUUGUGAAGGAUAGCAUAGAUACUAGUUCAACCAUGGACAGAGAAGAAAAAGAAGAAAAGACUAUUGAUAUCUACAUCACUGCCGAGACCGUAAGAGAUCUUAAACACAAGAAAGAGAUGGAGGGAUCUAACACAACAACAACAACCCAACCACCUAAACACACAGAAAAUGAAAGUUUGAGGAUGAGAAGAUCAGCUAUUGUGUGUUUGGUGUUGCUGUUUGUUCUUCUACUGACUGCAGUCAUCGUGCUGUGUGUCCUGAUCAUUACAAACAAUCAGCAGUUUCACAUCAAGAACAAACACAUCACAGAAGAGAGAGAUGAAUUCAUAGCCAAGUACAAUAAUAUCACUAAACUAUAUGAACAGUUGAAUUGGGAUAGAGAUGAACUACAGACGCAUAUCCAUGAUGGGUGGAUUUACUGUCAACUCAGUUUGUACUUCAUUUCAUUUGAGAUGAACAGCUGGGAUGAGAGCAGAAGAGACUGUAGAGAGAGAGGAGCAGAUCUGAUCAUCAUUAACAGCAAUGAGGAACAAGAUUUUGUUAGCAAAUUUUCUGGUACAUUCUGGAUUGGUUUGUCUGACAGUGAUGUAGAGGACAGAUGGAAAUGGGUUGAUAACAGCACACUAAACUCUAGUUUCAGUUUCUGGGAAGCUUCCCACAAGGAGCCCAAUGCACUGAAAAUGGUCACUGAAGAUGGAGUAAAGAGUACUGCUCAUAUCUAUGAAAACACUAGAAGUAAGCUUGGAGAUUCCAACACAACACCAUCACCACAACCUACAGUGUCCUUAGUGAAGAUGAGAUGUUACAGAUCCGCUACUGUGUGUUUGGUGCUGCUGUGUGUCCUCCUGCUGACUGCCGUCAUAGAGCUCAGUGUGAAGUUGAUUCAAGAUAAAGAUCAACUGAGAGUUAAGAUUGACAAUCUGACUAAAGUCACAGAUUUUUUAUUUGCCAAAUCUGAAAAUCUGACCAAUGAGAGAAAUUGGCUAAUGUGGGAGAACAAUAUACUUCAGAAGAAUCUUAAUAAAGGGGAUGGAUGGAUUUACUUAAGUUUGUACUUCAUUUCAACUGAGAUGAAGACCUGGAAUGAGAGCAGGAUUUACUGUAGAGAGAGAGGAGGAGAUCUGAUCAUCAUUAACAACAAAGAGGAAGAAGAUUUCAUUAGCCGCAAGACUAUUUCUAGUGGAGCAAGGUUCUGGAUUGGUUUGUCUGACAGUGACGUAGAGGGCACAUGGAGAUGGGUUGAUGGUACCCCAUUGAACUCUAGUUUCUGGGCAGCUGGAGAACCCAAUGGCAACAUAUCUGAGAACUGUGUUGAGUCUAUUAGACCAGGAUGGAAUGAUGCGUCGUGUUAUAUUGCUCAAAAUUGGAUUUGUGAGAGAAACGUUUUAAAAUGAGUUGUAAAAUGAGAUGUAUGUGAAUUAAAGGGAUAUUUAUUUUCCAGCUCCACGAGAG